AUGGACCCAAAGGCCGUGAAAUCCGACCUCGUCCUAAUCCUCGACUAUGGCUCGCAAUAUACCCACCUCAUCACUCGCCGGAUUCGCGCUUUCAACACCUUCUCGCUCUGCAUUUCCGGCACCUCCACCCUCGACGCCAUCACUUCCCUGAACCCCAAGGUCGUCAUUCUGUCCGGGGGCCCGCACUCCGUCCACACGGCCGACUCGCCCAGCUUCCCUGAUGGGUUUGUGGACUGGGCGCUGGAAAACCGCGUUUUCGUGCUGGGAAUCUGCUACGGGCUGCAGCUGAUUGUGCAGAAGCUGGGAGGGGAAGUGAGGGUUGGGACGGAGCAGGAGUAUGGGAAGAUGGAGAUUGAAGUGGUGGGGAAUUCGGGUAUUUUCGGGAAUAAGAAGGUUGGGGAUAAGCAGGUGGCUUGGAUGAGCCAUGGCGACGAGGCUGCUCGCUUGCCGGAAGGCUUUGAAUUGGUGGCCAAGAGCCAGCAAGGGGGAGUUGCAGCUCUUGAAAAUCGGGAAAAGAGGUUUUACGGGUUGCAGUAUCACCCGGAGGUGUCUCAUUCGCCGGAGGGCAUGGACACAUUACGGCAUUUCCUGUUUGAUAUUUGUGGAGUGGCAGCUGGUUGGAACAUAGAAGAUGUCUCGGAGGAAGAGAUCAAGGCGAUUAAAGGAACAGUAGGUCCUGAAGAUCAUGUUAUUUGUGCUUUAUCUGGUGGUGUUGAUUCCACAGUUGCUGCAACACUGGUUCAUAAGGCAAUCGGUCAUAGGCUUCAUUGCAUUUUUGUUGACAAUGGUCUAUUGAGGUAUAAGGAGAGAGAACGAGUGAUGGAAACAUUUGAGAAGGAUCUUCAUCUCCCUGUUACUUGUGUCGAUGCUUCGGAACAGUUUCUUAGUCAUUUGAAGGGCGUGACAGAUCCCGAGAUGAAAAGGAAGAUAAUUGGGAGGGAAUUCAUUAACAUCUUUGAUAUUUUUGCCCAUGAUUUGGAGCAAAAGCUAGGGACGAAACCUGCUUACCUUGUCCAAGGAACUUUGUAUCCAGAUGUCAUUGAAUCUUGCCCACCUCCUGGCUCAGGAAGAACUCACUCACACACAAUCAAGAGUCAUCAUAAUGUUGGAGGACUCCCGAAGGACAUGAAGUUGAAGCUCAUUGAGCCUCUUAAGCUUCUAUUUAAAGAUGAGGUCCGCGAGUUAGGAAGGAUCUUAGAUGUUCCUGUGGGAUUCCUGAAGCGUCACCCUUUCCCUGGGCCUGGUCUUGCAGUAAGAGUGUUGGGUGAUGUAACUCAGGGCAAUGCCUUGGAUGUCCUACGCCAGGUGGAUGAGAUUUUCAUCCAGUCCAUCAAGGAUGCUGGACUUUACGAUACCAUUUGGCAAGCUUUUGCAGUUUUCCUGCCUGUGAGAACUGUUGGAGUUCAAGGGGAUCAAAGAACACAUUCUCAUGUCGUUGCCCUUAGAGCCGUUACAAGUCAAGAUGGAAUGACAGCCGAUUGGUAUUACUUUGAACACAAGUUCCUGGAUGAUGUUUCCCGCAAAAUCUGCAACAGUGUACGCGGAGUGAACCGAGUUGUUCAAGAUAUUACAUCAAAGCCUCCAUCAACAAUUGAGUGGGAGUGA